AUGGAGACAGUCAACAAGGUCGUCGAUGCAGGCAAACGAGCAAUCUGGGGGGAAAGCAACAACGAAACCAACAAGCCGCAUGGCGAAGAGCCCAUCUCGGGCGUCACUGGGAAGGGGACAGCUACAGAUCCGUAUGAUGCUGGGAACCGUGACGUUCAGCCAGACGCUCCCCCAGUCGCAGAGGGUGGCAUCUCAUCAGAACCCGUCGAGCAGCGAACGUCCAACCCAAACGAUGGCAGCAGUAGCAGCAACAACAACAGCAAUAGCAAAAACAGCAAAAACAAUAAUAGCUCAGAUCUCCUCAAGACCACUGCCUCCAGCCAGCAGCCCGAUCCUGCGUCAUCCAGUGAUGUAGGAGCAGCAGAUACGGCGGCUUCGCAGCCAGUGGGCGAGACAAAUGAGCAGCUGAAGAAGCAGGGCGAGAAACAGGCAAGAGACCCGCAACAAGAUACGACCAAGACGGGAGGAGAUGCGAAUGCAAACAACUCACCAUCUACAAAGCCAAGCAAUAAUAACAGCAACAGCAAGAACGCAGACGAUGCUUCCCCAAGUGGUUCACCAUCAUCCAACGCGAAAGAUGCCGGAAACGGCCACAGCAAUAGCAAUAGUAACAGCAACAGCAACAAGAACUCUAAUUCCAACAGCAACUCUAACGCUAAACCCAACAGUAAUGCCAACGGCAUCGGACACAAAAGAAACAAAUCCUCCACCUCCAGGACUCUCGAGAAGGUCAAAGACAAGCUGCACAUUGGCAGGAAUUCGUCGACUAAGGCAUCAUGA